UCUCUCGCGGCCGCGGCGCGGCGGUGGACUGAUGGUGCGGCGUGGGGCUUCGCGAAUCUUGAUCCAAGCUGCUACGUUUGAUGCUGUAUGGGAGGCAAAAUUUGAGUGUAGUUCUCUUUGCGGCGGAAAUCAUGCCAGAGCUUAUCACAAUCCAACCCAGUGAAUUGGUUUUUCGAUUUGAGUUGAAAAAGCAGCUUUCAUGCUCAAUUCGGCUCAACAAUGUGAGCGACGAAUUUGUGGCGUUUAAGGUAAAAACCACUGCUCCAAAAAGGUAUUGCGUGCGUCCGAAUGCUGGAGUCAUACAGCCUCGGGGUACCUGCGAUGUUGCCUUCACUAUGCAAGCUCAACGAGAAGCUCCGGCGGAUUUUCAAUGCAAGGACAAGUUUAUGAUACUAAGUGUUGUCGCAACAGAGCAAACAACAGUAGACGACAUCCAGUCGAAAAUGUUUACCAAAGAAGAUAGCCAAGGCAUCUGCGAUAUCAAGUUAAAGGUGGUGUAUCUUCCUGGUGAUUCUGCUCCAUCUCCCGCGGCUUCGAAAGAGCCAUUAGCAGGGAAACAAGCGCAACAGGAUCAGAGAAAAUUGGAUCCAAGAAGCCCUGCAAGCAAAGGAUCAACAAGUGGUCGCACUUCGAGUGCACUGAGCUCGUCCAGAGUGCGCUUGUCGAUCGUUUUGUUGAUUACCGUGGCUUUAAUAGGUGUUUUGGUCGCGUACGCUAUGAACAACAACAACAACAACUAUUACAACUUUUAGAAAAACUGCUGUUUCCUGGAGGGCGGCAAGUUCGUACGCACUCUUUUUCCUCCCCCGGUUCGUAGAAUUUAGGAGCUUUAGCUCAGAUAGGUACGUACGCUUUGUAGAUGUCGUGAAUUAUCAAGAGAGAUUAUUUUUUUAUUUC